UACCGUCCAAACUUAUGCAUGUUCCAGAGCAACAUGUACCUGGAUUAGCAAGAUUACAUGGUUUACCACUAGUAGUACAACAUCCGGUUCCAGAAGAACAUAACCCAGUACAGCAUAACCCGGUACAGCAUGAUGUCGCGUUGCUCGAAAGACAUGGUGCACCUACAGGAGCACAAGAGGGAGGAAUGCAUUUAGUUUUCGUGAGGGUGCAAGUAACAGUUUUAAUAUCUUUUUUAUUAAUUUGGGGGCAACUAAGGCUAGGAGUGGGUGUAACUGUGCAUGUUGCUUUAACAGUCGUAAUUGUAGUGGUAGUUUUGCAGGGUUUCUGGGGACUAGCAUUAACAGUAACAGUCAAUGCCAAAAGGUAA